GCCUCGCCUAAUCGUUUGGUCGUUUGAGCACUUGCAGCCGCCGCCGCCGCCGUCGUCCUCCGCCACCGCCCACCGCCCACCGCCCAAAAAAAAAAAAAAGGAAAGGGAAGAAGAAACGCGGCAUAGGCGGCGUCGGCUCUCUCCCUUCCCCGGGCGCGGCCGAGCUGGACGUGCGCCCGUCUCGCACCCGUGGCCGGAGCGCGCCGCUCGGGUGUGGGGUCGGUGGUGCCUUCCCCGUGGCCGGCGCCGUCGGGGUAGGUAGUCUGGGGGCAACGCACGCUGGUGUAGCCCCCUCGGGUCGGUUUGCUCCUUCCCCCUUGGCAAGGAAUCCUAGCCUGAUCGGAUUCGAUCGUUUCUAUGUUGGGGAUCUUCUCUUUGCGGCCAGUGAGGGGCAACAAGGAUAUUCAAUGAGCGUUCUUGAUUUCUUGUCACAGCGACCCGCUUUGCUCGGUUAAGCACUGCGUCUGUCUCAAGAGAUGAAUGGUUCGGCAUUGGGAGAUAGUCGUAAUUUAGCAAUUGGCAUUCCAAAGCCAAGUGGAAGGACGUGGCUCGCGGUUUGCCUUCAAGCCUGUGCUGCUGCUCAAGGAAGAGCUUCCGGCACAACAAUCAUUCCUUUGCUUUGCGUAAGAUGAAUAGCCAAGUUGGGUCCAACAACCGGAAAAACUCGAAUGUGGUCUAUCAAGAUCUGACCAAAGUUCUUGGUCUUAGUAGGUUUGAUUCUGAGAACCUUUCAGAUGUCUCAACGGCUGUUUUGCCAUUGAAAUGCGCCAUGGAUCCUACAAAUUUGGUGCAUCUGAGGACCGUACCCUCUGAGAAUGGACUCAGACCAGUUGAAAAUUCAAGCGACAAUCUGCAAGGUAUGGCUUUUACCUGUGAAAGCCCACUAGCUGGAAAAGUCAAGUUCAUGUGUAGCUUUGGUGGGAAAAUCUUGCCUAGGCCAAGCGAUGGGAAGCUCAGAUAUGUAGGAGGGGAAACUCGUCUCAUCUCAAUAACCAGGAACUUCUCAUGGAAAGAAUUCGUGCAGAAAACUCUGACAAUCUACAAUCAGCCUCAUAUCAUCAAGUAUCAGCUCCCUGAUGAGGAUUUGGACGCACUGAUAUCUCUUUCGUGUGAUGAGGAUUUCCAGAAUAUGAUGGAGGAAUACUACACUCUUGAAAAGGCCAAUGGAUCACUUAGACUAAGGAUAUUUCUUGUCUCCCUGGCUGAAUGUGAGGAUUCAUCAUUGGAUUCAAGAAGCUUAGAAAGUGAACCGGAGUACCAUUUUGUCGUUGCUGUGAACAAUCUUGCACGAUUGAACCGGAGCAUCAGCGGCAACAAUUUAAUGAGUCAAUCAAGCCAUCAAUUGGAUAGUUCCCCACUCCCUUGCAGAGACUCACCUGUCUGUCAAACAGAUACAGAAAGUGGAGCUAAAGCUUUGACUGGAACAACCCUAAACGAGUCUCCCUCUCAGUUUUUUCUUGCUCCAUGCACACAAGUGGUGGCAGAGUCAUCAGCAACUUCUUCCCCAAGCUUAAGUCAGCAUAGGACCAUAAAACAGUCUAGGAUGCAACCACCUGCAGAUAAAUCAGCAAUGGAUUGUGAACCGGAGAACAGGAGUGAAGUUUUGGAUGGAGCAAAUCUAAAAGCCAUGCUUCUGAACCAUCAAGAUAAGAAGCAAAAUGAUGCAAACACGAGUAUUGGUGUUGGAUCUCCCAUGCACCACCUUCACAGUCAAAGGCAGGUAAAAGAUGUGGCUGUACCUGGAAAUGAGAGUGACUUGAGUCCACAUACAAACUAUGAUAUGUCUGCUCCAGUGGAAACACCCUUUUAUUCUGAAAAGGUCUCCAUGCAUCCAGCGAAUGCAAGAUGGGCACCUGGGCUGCAUGAAUACACUGGUCAAGUUCUAGGCAUGCCUCAUGCCUUCUCUGACCCUUUGCUGAAAGAUUGUACUGAAGUACCUGCAUCCAGUUUGUCAUUAACUGCUGAUCCCUAUGUAGCCUCUUCAAUUUCUCAGAAAAAAUGUCAAACUAAUGAUCUAGAGAGAACAAUUAGUGGAACUAGGCCGGCUUUUGAGCAUGUUAAACCCCCUGGCAUUGCUCGAACGGAUGAACCAAACUACCUUGUUUCUAAUCAUAUUGAUCAACAGUAUGAUCAAGUAAUUAUUGACACGGCCAGUUUGGAGCCACCAGUUUGUUAUCAACAUGAAAGUUUGUCUAGUAUUGUGACACAAAAAGGUCAUAAUGGAGGUCCUGUAGUUCAACAGCAGGAUAAGCUUUAUCAUCAGGGAAACAGCACAGAUCCAAGUACUGCUCCCCAGAGCAAUUUUGCUGAUACAAGGUUUAAUUUGUACCAUGCACAUGGUGCAAGGAUGUCCUCAGAUGAGCUAGAUGCUCUCGAAAAAAGCUUAGUUCCAACACCAAUUCUUGCUACUGAUCAUUCCCGUUCAUAUCUUAAUGGAUCUUCUACUGGAUCACAAACAGAGAAUUCAAAUUGUGGAUAUCACCUAGAGAAACUGAAUUCAGGGUGUGUUGUUACAGAUUAUGGAACUGCUGGCUAUGUGCAUGGGAAUGAUAAAGUUGCUCCAGAGCCCCAUAUUCUGUUGCCUGUAGACCCUUUUGAAGCUUUUACCUUGCAAAUAUCAACAGGAAAUAGAGAAUCCUGUGUAUGUCAAAACGAAAAUUUGGCCCAAUCAUCAGUGCAAAACUCUGGCUUGGCCAUCUCUCCACAUAUUAGACCGAGUGGUCCUGAUCUGAACAUAAACUUGUAUGGAAAUGGCACCUUCUGUUUGUCCUCAUCCCAGAAUCCAGUUCUGGAUGGUGUUUCAAUGCGAGAGGAUCCUCUUCUUGAUCAGCACAUUAUCUCCUGCAGUGAUGUAGGAGUACUUGGAUUUGAGUGUACCACCAUCAAUAAUGAAAGCGUGAAGCUAACUCAAAGAACGCACAAUAAUGUUCAACUGGAUGUGCCUAUUAUAGUUGAGGACGUGACUGAUAAUGUUCCUUCAGACAUUCCAUCAUCAAGACAAGUUGUUCCUCAGGUCGAAGUGGUAGCCGAAGAACAACAAGAUGCUAAUAUUUCAUCAGAGAAGGAUGAGGAUUCAAGGAGCAAUGGACCAGAGUUAGCUAAUGAGGAUCAUGAUGAUAGAACUGCAGACGGGUCCAUAAGUGAUGCUGCAGUUGCUGAACUUGAAGCCAGCAUGUAUGGCUUGCAGAUCAUAAGAAAUGGUGACCUCGAGGAGCUCCGCGAAUUGGGAUCUGGCACAUUUGGAACAGUAUACUAUGGAAAGUGGCGAGGAACUGACGUUGCUAUCAAACGUAUUAAGAAAAGCUGUUUCGCCGGGAGAUCAUCUGAACAAGAGAAACUUACCAAGGACUUUUGGAGGGAAGCACAGAUUCUUUCAAAGUUGCAUCAUCCAAAUGUUGUUGCUUUCUAUGGUGUAGUCCCUGAUGGAACUGGAGGAACAUUGGCAACUGUUACAGAGUUCAUGGUGAAUGGAUCACUGAGGAAUGUUCUUUUGAGGAAGGACAGAAUGCUUGAUCGUCGGAAAAAACUCAUCAUUGCUAUGGACGCGGCAUUUGGGAUGGAAUACUUGCACUCCAAAAGCAUAGUCCAUUUUGAUUUGAAAUGCGACAACUUACUUGUUAAUUUGAGAGAUCCUCAGAGGCCAAUCUGCAAGGUUGGAGACUUCGGAUUGUCAAGAAUUAAACGCAACACUUUGGUUUCUGGUGGUGUACGGGGCACUCUCCCGUGGAUGGCACCAGAGCUGUUGAAUGGUAGCAGCCGCCAAGUAUCUGAGAAGGUGGAUGUCUUCUCUUUUGGGAUAGUUUUAUGGGAGAUCUUGACUGGUGAGGAACCAUAUGCAAAUAUGCAUUGUGGCGCUAUCAUAGGUGGUAUCGUGAGUAACACUCUCCGGCCUCCGAUACCUGAAAAUUGUGACCCUGAAUGGCGAAAGCUGAUGGAGCAAUGUUGGUUGGCCAAUCCUGAUGCCCGGCCCUCAUUCACCGAGGUCACCGACAGGUUACGAGCCAUGCCAGCAGUGCUUCAACCAAGGGGACAAGCUCCGGGAAACAGAUGAAGCAUGUACCAUCAUCCAUCAAAGUAUUUACCUGCAAGGAGCUGGAUCAACCAGGACCGGUCGCCCUCCGUUUCUGCACUGACCUGCGGGCCUCCUAUAUGUGCAUAGAGUAUAUACAUACAUGUAUUUAUUGGUCAUGGUGUGUAUUCUAUUCCGACGCGUAUAUGCUUCUUGUGUUCAUUUUUUCUACACCAUUUUGAGGGUUUCUCAUGUAAUUACAUGUAUCCGAGUUAACAAGUAGUGCGGGCUUGUUCUGGCCUCAUGUUUGUUAACGAUUUUUUUUGUGUGUAUGUUGUGAUGGUCUACGAGACCACUCGAGCUUUUUUGCCUUUCGUAAAAAUAUGAGCUUCGCACUUGUAAUUAUAUAGUAGCAGAUAAAUUGUCUA